AUGCAUAGCCUUCACCUUAUAUUGUCUCUGGCCUCUGCAUUGGGUGGAGUGGCCAAUGCUGCCCUGAUGGAUGGCGUUGGACAGACGCUGACAACAUGGGAUUGUUGCAAACCAGCAUGCGCAUGGGGCUCCAACCUAAAGAACUCACCCACCGCCAGUGGUUUCGUGCGAGUGUGCGACAAGAACGACAACCCCCUCUCCCAAUCCAGGGGCGACUCGGAACAGAGCUCGUGCGCCGACAAGAACGCCGGCAACGCCUACCUGUGCUCGUCGUACUCUCCGCGACCGCACACCGACGACUUGAGCCUGGGGUUCGUCGUCACGAAGGGCUCCGAGAACUGCUGCAAGUGCUUCGAGCUGCAAUGGACGGACGGACCCGCCAGGAACAAGCGGAUGCAGGUCCAGGCCAUCAACAGCGGCGGCACCACCGACAACGGACGCGACUUCAUCAUCAUCACGCCCGGCGGCGGCGUCGGACCGAACAGCAAGGGCUGCAAUAGCCAGUUCGGAGGCAGUUGGGGUGACCAGUGGGGUGGAGUCUCGUCGAGGCAGGACUGCUCAAACCUCCCGGAUAACAUGCAGGGCGGCUGCUACUGGCGGUUCAACUGGGCCUCGGGAGACGUCAAUGGCUGGCCCAUCAGGUACCAGCAGAUCCAGUGUCCCACGGAGCUAACCGACAUUUCGGGGUGUUCCGCCUCGUAA